UCUUCCAUUCGAGUAGAAGUCUUGAGUGCUUGCAACAUAGUGGACACCUACAUCACAUUGCUUAGCGUUUUGUCGCUGAUUUUCUGAAGAUUUUUCGCGUUCCGUGGUGCGUUUGUGUGUGGUUUUUAUUCCCUCUCUUCAUUGUUUUUUAAUUUUCUGUCAAAUCGGUGUAUGUUUUUUACAUAAUUCAUGUAAAAUAUUGUCCAUUUUUCCCCGACAAAAUAAAAAAAAAAACACCACGGAAAUUUAUAACAGGAUCCCGUGCGAAAGAGAUAGUAGUGAGAGCCAAUAUAACAAGUUGAUAAUUAUUUUUCUCAACUUUUACUCCCAAAUCCAAUAAAACAACGUGUGUGCGUGCAUUUGUUGGAAUCACAAGAAAGUCAAAAAAAUCCCCAAUAUUUGGGAUUAACCCGGCAUUUUUUUUUGAUAGUGUUAACAGUUUUGCAUGCAAAUCGCAUCCUUCCUGUCGGUUUGUUAGGUUGUAGUAGAUUUGUUCCUCUCUCGUAUCCGAUUUGUAUUGUUGUCUCCCCCCAACUACCUACGGUCGCCCGCCCGCAUAUCAUCGUUUGGUUUUAUUUUGUCUGUCGUUUUCGUGUAUUUUUUUUUUUGUUGUUGUUGUCUUUUACUUUAGUGGCAGUGGGGUGUAACAGCAUUAAUUACGGUGCCGUGUAUACGUGAAUCCAGCCAACUGAGGCCAUCAUAGAUGAUUUAAAAAAAAGAGUGAGUGAAAUAAAAAAAAAAGUAUUUCGAGUCUUAUUAAAGAGUGAAAUCGAGAGAAAAAAGAAGAAAAUAAGAGAAAAUUAUUAAGUUUGUGUUGGGAAAUUUUGUGUAAAUCGGAAUUUUAGGAAAACAACUGUGCAUUUAUUAAAUGCCACCACCAAAUAAAAGGAUUACCAGCAACAUGAAAGGAGAAAGAGUAGGAGGAAACCCUAGACGAGGUGGAGUGACAGCAGCAGCAACAAUGACCAAGUGGAUGUUGACAUUUGUCUUGGUUGGUGUUUUUGUUGCUACCGUUAGUGCAGUUGAUGAGAUAAAAUCAACAGAAACGAAGACUGUUCAACCUUCACCAUCACCCUCAUCGCCGGUUGCAUCAUCGAGUAGUGGAACACCCAGAGAUGAAAUAUACAUCGAUGAUGAGAGUAUCGAAGGCUCUGGCGGACGAGGAGAGAUACAUGAUGAUCUAGAAAAAGAACCUGAUUAUUCUGGUUCUGGCUUUGGACCAGAUGAUGAAGAUUCAUCUACUGGCGGCCAUCAUCAUCGCACCAAUACACCAACAUUAUAUAAUUCUGGGACAUCGUCGUCCAAUAGCAACAACAAUAACAACAACGGUAACAUCAAUAACAACAACAACAACAAUAACAACAACGACAUCAGCAGUAGAAUCAAUUAUAAUAGCAAUAGCAAUAGCGGUAUCAUCGGUAGUAGCAACAGCAAUAGCAACAGUGCAAGCAGCAGUAAUUCAGGCAUUAAUUCAAUUGGUAAAGACAUUUUACCAUCAUCCACAACAUCAGCAACAUCAAACACAACCAAUACACAAACAAUCACAACAUCUUCAACAUCAACACCAUCAGCAACAUCAAAAUCUGAUAUUUUACCUGGUGGAUCAUCAGAUUUUGAUUUUGGUGGUGGAGUUGUGGGUUCAGGUGAUGGUAGAGAUACCGAUGAUGAAGAUGACGAUGGUGAUGAUGAUGACGAUGGUGGAAUAAUCGGUGGUGGCAAUCAUCCCAAAAAUGAUGAUGAUGAGGACGAUGAAGACGAGGAUGAUUAUGAUAAUGGCAGUGAGGAUGUUAAUACAGAUAAAAUUGAUCGUCAAGAUGGUGGUAUUGUUAUUCAUGGUGAUGAAGAUGAAGAUGACGAUGAAUAUGAUCAAAAUGGAAAUGAAAAGACUGAUAUUUACACUGACGUUACCGAUCCCAGUGAAGGCAGCGAAAAAACACGACUUGGAGGAGACAACACCAAUCAAGGUAACGAAUUGGACACAACAAACAUCAAUAAUCUGCCAACAGAGACUAAAGUCGAGCACACAACCGGAAACGAAGUGUUAAUAAUGAACACGAACGAAGAUGAUAGAACGACGAGCUUCUUUGCUCAACCCGGAAUUUUGGCAGCUGUUAUUGGUGGCGCUGUCGUCGGUUUACUAUGCGCCAUCCUAGUGGUAAUGUUCAUUGUAUAUCGAAUGAGGAAAAAGGACGAAGGUUCCUAUGCGCUUGACGAACCAAAACGCUCACCUGCCGUCAAUUCAUACGCGAAAAAUGGUAACAAUCGAGAGUUUUAUGCCUGAGAGAUUCCUAAUCAAUAAAAAAGUUUUCUUUUUUAAUUUAACAUAAAAAAAAACACAAUUAUUUAAUUAUAAAUAAAAAAACAAAACAAAAACAUAAAUAAAAAAAUGGGGGGAGAAAUAAUACAUAAAACCAAACUAAAAACCAUAUAAAAAAGAAAAAAAAAGAAGAUAAUACAACGUGCAUGAAAAUGAAUAUAAAACUAAAAGAAAGUGUAAAAUUUUUGAAAAGAACAAACAAAAGAAAAAAUUAUGAAAACUAAAAAGAGAAAACCAUAAAUUCGACAGACAUAUUUUCCUUUUCAUGGAAAUUAUAGACAAAAAAAAACAUAUUUACAUAGAAAAUCAUUUAAAAAAAAUAAAAAAAAAAAUAAUUCAUAAAUGUCAGAGAAAUAAUAUUUAAACAAAAAUAAAAAUAAAAUGGAUGUAAGUGAAUAAGUGAAGAAAAACAAUAAGAAAACAAAACUUAGUUUGAGAACAAAAAAAAAAAAAAAAUGGUUUAAAUAUAAUCAACAAAACACACUCACACAAACAGAUCACACUCAACCAAUUAAACAGAAAACAAAAAUAUCAACAAAUUUUAUUUAGCUUUAUGUGUAUAGAAAAAAUCAUGUUAAUUUUUUUAUUUGUAUUAAAAAAAAAAGAAAAUAAUUAUAUAGAAAUAUUGUCGUCGAAAGAAUUUCUCCCCUUUCACACUCUCUAUCUUUCUCUCUCUCAUUCUGAAGAACCAAACCUUAUUAAAUGAAAGCAUUUAUCAUUAUAAAUUAAUAAUUUUUGUUAAAAUUUGCUAUUAGCUUCAUACUCAUUGUUUUUAAUUCUUUUUAAAAACAUUUCCUUUAAAAAAAAACAAGAAAAACUCAAUAUGGCAACUCUAUAAUUUCUCCCUAUUUUUCAUCAAUAAAAUAAAACACAAACUGAAAAGUUAAAAUUACGCAACUAAAACUAAAUAUUAUAUAAGAUGAAAGUUUAUAUAUAAAAUUUAAAAAAAAAUAUAAAUAUAAUUGGAUGCAAAAAAAAUUAUAAUUCAGAAACAAUUUUAGGUUAAAACAAAAAAACAUAAGUUACAAAAAAUCACUUUAUUUAGUCGUAAAAAAUAAGAACAAAAAAAAAAAUAUAAAAGAAACAAAUUGCAAGAGUGUCGUAUCCUUUUGGGUUUUUUUUUUUUUGUAAAGGAUAUGAUUACUUCACACAUAACUAACUAACUAAAGUUAAAAUAAAAAAAAGAAAAAAAAAAACCUUUGCAAUUUAUGUAAAAGAUAUCCAAAAAAAAAAAAAAAAAACAUGAAUAACUUGAUGUAUCUCUUUUUUAUAUUUAUCUAUAAAAACAGUUAGUUUUGCGAAGAAGUAAAUAAAAUUAAAAAAAAAAAAAAAAACAAGUAAA